AUGGGGAGAUUUCUUGGUGGAUUCUUAUUUCCUACGCUGCUUUUAAUAGCGGCUUUACUCAGUUGGAGUUUGAUAUCUCUUGCUGAUCUGCUGGCCUUCCUUUUCAUUCAAUAUACUGCUCCAAAACUUGGUUCUAGAUGUCGGAGGCAAUACUUGAUAACAUGGUCUGCUUUUAUCUUUUCCUCGCUGGCUAUUCUCUCACAUGCAAUAUUCCAUAUUGUCUUGGCUGUUAAAGGGGAGCAGUGGAGUGUAGCAGAUGCUUACUGGGCUAGACUAAUUGGUUUCUCACGUGCAAAAUCUUGGAUAUCUCCAUCUGUAAUACAUUGCCUUGUUACACAAGUAUUAGCAGCUUGUGUUUCUCUAACUGAAAUCCAUGGGAGUAUAUUUGGUUUGGGUUCAUGGAGAAGUUCUUGGUCCCGUAAUCUUCAUUCUUCUGCUGUACUUAUAGGUUCCCAUAUCAGGGUCUUGUGCUGCUUAUUGUUGCCUGCUCUACAGCUGGUUGUUGGUAUCAGCCACCCAUCUUGGGCUUCUCUUCCAUUUUUCUUAUGCAGUAGUAUUGGCCUUGUUGAUUGGUCUCUAACAAGCAAUUUUCUUGGCCUCUUCCGGUGGUGGAGGCAUCUUCUGUUAUAUUCAGGCUUCAAUAUAGUCUUGCUCUAUGUGUAUCAACUUCCCAUUGUUUAUUCAGAGACGCUUUUAGAGGCUGCUCAUUUCUUUGGCCUAUUCAGAAUAUCUGCGAAAUCAUCCUGGUCAGAACUUUGGUCUGCUUCAUCUCUUCUGCUUUUCUAUGUCAUGCUAUCAUGGAUUAGAUGUGAUCUAGAAGAAAUGGAUUUCAUUGUAUCCACUAGAGAGAGUAGCUUAACUGAGCAGCUUCUUCCCAAAAAGCAUUCGUUUUUUAUUCGCGAAUCAAGAUCUGGAGUGAGGCACACUAAUGUAUUGUUGAGAAGAGCAGUUUUUCGGACUUUCAGUAUCAACUUUUUCACUUACGGUUUUCCAAUUUCCUUGCUUGCUCUUUCAUUUUGGACUUUCCAUUUUGCAAGUCUAUGCGCAUUUGGGUUACUUGCAUAUGUUGGCUACAUUUUGGUUGCCUUUCCUCCCAUGUAUCAGUUGCACCGGCUGAACGGCUCGCUUCUUGUUUUUAUUCUUUUCUGGGCUGCUAGUACAUAUGUCUUUAACGUGGCAUCAGCAGUCCUUAAGCUAGACGAGGACAUGAAGAUCUGGGAAACCAUUGGUUUAUGGCAUUACCCAAUACCAGGGCUUUAUUUAUUGGCACAGUUUGGUCUUGGUGUUCUUGUUGCUAUGGGCAAUCUGGUGAACAAUUCUGUUUUCUCCUAUUUGUCUGAUGGAGAAGGACCAUCUACAAAUGACAAUUCUACUGCAGAAGGGAAAGAAGAUACUACAGUGUUCAUUAUCGCUACGAUUGUGUGGGGACUGCGUAAAAGCUCUCUUGUUAUAGUAUUGGCACUGCUACUUCUGAUGGCAACUAAACCUGGCUUUAUUCAUGCUGUAUACAUGGUCUUCUUCAUGAUACAUCUUCUAAGGCAUACGGUUGGCAGAAGACUGCGCCAAUCAUUGAUUCUUUUAUGUGAGGCACAUUUUGCUCUUCUGUACAUUCUUCAACUUAAUGUAAUCUCCAAGGCCUUGGAGCAGAAAGGCUCAUUUUUAAUGGAAAUUCUCACAGCAUUAGGCCUUCUUAAUCAAGCUACUGCCGUUGAAUUUCUGCCAAUCGCUCUACUUGCAUGCUUCUGUUCCAUUCACAAUCAUGGGUUCGACAUGAUUUUCUCAUUUUCCGCAAUUGUGCAACAUGCUCCUUAUCCUCCAAUUGGCUUUAGCAUUUUGAGGGCGGGCUUAAUUAAAUCAGUUCUUCUUUCGGUAUACACAUUUGGAUCCAGUGAGAACCAUCAAAUCAACACUUCUCAUGAGAGAAAAAUAGCAUCAUAUCUAAGCGCAAUGGGGCAGAAGUUCCUCUCAGCAUAUCGGUCGUGGGGAACCUACAUUGCCCUUUCGACUAUUCUUCUUACAGUGUACCUUGUAGCACCUAAUUACACUUCCUUUGGUUAUCUAUUCUUCCUCUUAAUAUGGUUGAUUGGGAGACAGAUUCUAGGAAAAACAAGAUGGCAACUCUGGUUUCCUCUCAAACUUUACGCAGUUGCGGUGCUAGUGUUGAUAUACAGCAUGAGUGUCUUCAUCAGUUUCCAGACAUGGUUGUCAAGAAUGGUUGAUCUUGAUUUUACCUUUGGAUAUAACAAAGAAGCUUCAGUACUAAGAAAUAUUUGGGAAUCACUAGCUGUAUUAGUUGUAAUGCAGCUAUACAGCUAUGAGAGGAGUCAUAAUAAAUAUUGUCCAGCAGAAGACUGCUAUGAGCAGGAAAUAGUAGCGCCGUCUUUUAUCAAACGUCUUCUGAUUUGGCACAGUGAGAAGAUUCUUUCUCUGGCAUUGUUUUAUGCAUCACUAUCUCCGGUCAGUGUAUUUGGCUGUGUUUAUCUGCUUGGUCUGGUCAUAAGUUCGAUGUUACCGAAAACUUCUAGAGUCCCUUCAACACUAUUUCUAGUUUAUUCAGCGCUUCUUGCAAUAGCUGAGUACCUCUUCCAAAUGUGGGGUGACCAGGCUGAGAUGUUCCCCGGUCAAAGGCGCUCUUAUUUGUCACUACUUCUCGGUUUGCAGCUGUACAAGCCUGGAUUCUCUGGUAUAGAAUCAGGAUUAAGGAGCAAAAUUUUGGUUAUAAUCGCGUGUAUACUUCGGUAUAACGUGUUCCAUUGGUUGGAAAUGAUGCCAUGUGACAAUGGAAGUAGAGGAAAAUGGGAUGAGCCUUGUACUUUGUUCGCCUUAUUAGAUGGAUAUCUCCCAAAUGAAGAAGCAACAAGCCCUGGCUUUUCAUCUUUAAACUCUGCCAUGUUCACCCCUGAAAGAGGCUCUUUUGAGGGUGUUAACACCAACACUUACUUGUACAGUUAUUUCUGGGAAAGCUCGAAAGAGAGCCAAAAAUGGAACCGAAAAAUGAUUAUUUCUUUGAGAAAGCAGAGGCUUGACAUGCAAAAGACUACUUUAAAAAUAUACAUAAAGUUUUGGAUAGAGAACAUGUUCAAUCUCUUUGGCCUUGAGAUCAACAUGAUUGUGCUUCUUUUAGCCAGCUUCACAGUGUUGAAUGCCAUUUCUUUGCUGUAUAUUGCAUCACUAGCCGCUUGUGUUCUCUUACAUAGGCACAUCAUAAAGAAACUGUGGCAUGUGUUUGUGUUCUUGUCUGCUUCUAUUAUCAUUCUUGAGUAUUUGGCUCUUUGGUUGAAUCUGAUAUCUCCUGCUAUGGGUGAGGCACAAGUCCCUUGUAAUGACUGUUGGAGAGCUUCUGAUGUUUAUUUCAAAUACUGCAAGAAGUGCUGGCUAGGAACCAUAGUUGAAGAUCCCCGAAUGCUUCUGAGCUACUUUGCAGUGUUCAUGUUUUCAUGUUUCAAGCUCCGAGCAGACCGUUUGUCCAGUCCUUAUGGAUCACAAACAUAUCGGCAAAUGAUAUCAGAUUGCCACAAAGCAUCUGUCCUAAGUGAUCUCUCAUUUGAAACAAAAGGCUUGUGGACAUUCCUUGACUACCUCAGGCUUUAUAGCUAUUGUCACUUACUAGAUUCAGUUCUUGCCUUGAUCUUGAUCACGGGGACCCUCGAAUAUGACAUCCUUCACCUUGGCUACCUUGGAUUUGCACUCGUAUUUUUCCGAAUGAGGCUUGAGAUAUUGAAGAAGAAGAACAAAAUCUUCAAGUUCUUACGAAUAUACAACUUUGCUCUAAUAGUCCUUUCUCUUGCUUACCAAUCUCCUUUCGCUGGAGACGCCGUUGAGGGGAAAUGUGACGCAACAGAUUAUAUUAGUGAGGUGAUUGGUUUCCAUAAGUAUGACUACGGAUUCCGAAUUACUUCAAGAUCUGCACUUGUUGAAAUUGUUAUAUUCAUGUUGGUUUCACUUCAGUCGUACAUGUUUUCAUCAAAGGAGUUUGAUUAUGUGUCAAAAUAUCUAGAGGCAGAGCAAAUAGGUGCCAUCGUACGCGAGCAGGAGAAGCGAGCUGAUUGGAAGACGGAACAUUUACAACACAUACGUAAGUCCGAAGAGAAAAAGUCCCUCAGAAAUAUGCAGGUGGAGAAGAUGAAGUCAGAGAUGCUCAAUCUUAAAAUCCAACUUGACAGCAUGAGCACUACUUCUAACUUUGGUAACACUUGCGCGGAAAGUGAAGGAAUACUUAUAAGGGGAAGAAAAUAUUCCAUGGAUUCAUAUGGGCUGAAGGGUAUUCUUGCAAGUGAAGAAAAAGAUUUAAAGAGGCAAGAUCUUAGUCUGAGCUCUGAUGCUAUGUCAGCUUUUGAUCCAAUUGAAUCUCCAACAAGUGAAGGGACUAUGGAAUCCACUAAGCAUUUGGUGGAUACACUUCAUGAGAUAACCGAGCUAAAGUCAAAAUCCUCUCAUUCUAACUUUUUUGAUUCAGAAAGAAGGGAUAAUGGAGAAAAGUCUAAAGCAAAGGAAAACCCCAUAAUCUCCGCAGUUCAUCUUAUUGGCGACGGAGUUUCUCAAGUUCAAUCACUCGGUAAUCUGGCAGUCAACAAUCUGAUUCAUUUCUUGAACAUAGAAAAGAAAGUGCAUGAUUCGGAUGAGCAUUCUUCUGAGGAUGAGGUGUAUUAUGAAGUAGAAACUCAGAAUAUAGGAUGUCAACAAGCAGAUCUAACAGCUUCAGUACUACAAUCCAGUAGUGAAAAGAUCAUGUCUGAUGCUACAUACUCUCAAAUCGGUGUAAUCCUCCGUUACAUGUGGGCUAAAAUGAGAUCGAAUAAUGACAUUGUAUGUUACUGCUGCUUUGUCAUGAUGUUCUUGUGGAACUUCAGUUUGCUUUCAAUGGUCUAUCUCAUGGCUCUCUUCUUGUAUGCUCUCUGCAUAAACACCGGCCCAAGUUACAUGUUCUGGAUAAUUAUGCUAAUUUAUACUGAGUUUUGUGUGUUACUCCAGUACUUAUACCAAAUCAUCAUCCAACAUUGUGGAUUCACUCUUCAUGUAAGCUACCUCCAGGAGUUAGGAUUUCCUUCUCACAGGAUUGUGUCAUCUUUUGUUAUGAGCAACUUGCCUCUUUUCUUGGUGUAUUUGUUCACUCUUAUACAAACCUCCAUAACAACAAGAGAUAGUGAUUGGGCAAAUAUGGUUACAGAAUUCAGCUUUAAUAUGAGAAAGAAUCAUUUCCAGCAAGAUUUUGUCAAGAGUUAUAGCUGCAGUGAGAGAAUACAGAGAUUGUUUUUGCCUGUGAGAAAUGCCAUAAAGCAGGUUACUAGGAGCCUCUUCAGAUACUGGAAAUCACUCACAGAGGGAGCAGAAACUCCACCUUACUUUGUGCAGCUAUCUAUGGAAGUCACAAUGUGGCCUGAAGAUAGUAUCCAACCAGAGAGAAUUGAGUCAGGAAUCAACAGGUUGCUCAAGAUCUUACAUGAUAAUAGAUGCAAAGAAAAGAACAUGAACCGAUUCCACUCACCAAGUCGGGUUCAGGUUCAGAGCAUUGAAAGGAGCCCAGAGAAUUCUGAUGUAGCUUUAGCUGUUUUCGAGGUCGUAUAUGCCUCGCCUCCGACAGAAUCUAUCUCAACAGAAUGGUACAAAUCUCUAACUCCAGCUGCUGAUGUUGCUGGUGAGAUCUUGACAGCUCAACGUGAUGGCAUUCUAAAUGAAAUCAGAUUUCCAUAUCCAAUACUCUCUGUGAUUGGCAGUGGGAAAAGAGAGAUAGACUUGUAUGCCUACACAUUCUGCGCAGAUUUGGCUGUGUUCUUCUUGGUUGCCAUUUUCUAUCAAGCAGUCAUAAAGAACAAAAGUGAGUUCCUUGAGGUCUAUCAGCUAGAAGAUCAAUUCCCAAAAGAGUUUGUAUUUAUUCUGAUGGCAAUUUUUUUCUUAAUUGUGCUCGAUCGGAUCAUUUAUCUUCGAUCAUUUGCCACGGGAAAAGUGAUCUUCUUUCUGUUCAACCUUUUUCUCUUCACAUAUUCAAUCACAAGGUAUGCUUGGAACAUAGAGCUUUCACAUGGAUAUGCUGGAAGAUUAGCACUGCGUGUUAUAUAUAUGACAAAAGCAAUUUCUCUGGCUCUUCAAGCCAUACAAAUUCGAUUCGGGAUGCCACACAAGAGCACUCUAUACAGGCAGUUUUUGACAAGUAGUAUUUCCCAGAUUAACUUUCUUGGUUUUAGACUUUAUCGUGCUUUGCCAUUCCUUUAUGAAUUGCGAUGUGUACUUGAUUGGUCAUGCACAACUACGUCUUUGACCAUGUAUGACUGGUUGAAAUUGGAGGACAUUCACGGUAGCCUAUUUCUUGUCAAAUGUGAUGUGGAUUUGAAUAGAGCUAGCCAUCAACAGGGCCAAAAGCAAACCAAAAUGACAAAAUUCUGCAAUGGCAUAUGCUUAUUUUUCAUAUUGAUGUGUGUUAUAUGGGCUCCAAUGCUGAUGUAUAGCAGUGGAAACCCCACAAACAUAGCAAACCCCAUUAAAGAUGCCAGUGUAAGAAUCGACAUAAACACUGUCGGUGGAAGGCUGAUAUUGUUCGAGACAACUUUGUGUGAAAAGCUCUCAUGGAACGAGCUUGACAUGAACACUAAGAUGGACACUCACGGUUAUCUCAGAACCUACAAUGAACAAGACAUUCAACUGAUAUGUUGCCAAGCUGGUGCAAGUUCCUUGUGGCUUGUCCCUCCUGUUGUCCAGGCCAGAUACAUGAACUCUCUUCAGAGGAGCAUGGACAUUAUUUUCUCUUGGCAAUUCACUAGGGAUAGACCCAAAGGAAAAGAAUCAGUGAAAUAUGAACUCACUGUUCAAGAUCAGGAUCUUCCUAAACCGUCAGAAGUAAUGGAAGUACUAAAUGGUACUGCCAAUAGUUUUACAAUAUAUAACAUGUACCCAAGAUACUUCAGGGUUACUGGCUCAGGUGAAGUGAGAUUUCUUGAAAAUGAGGAAGAUUUGGUUAGCGGCAAUCUUGUUCUGAACCGUGGAAAUCCAGAGUGGUGGUCUUUCCAUGACAUUGACGCAUCAAAUGUGAGUGGAUGCGGAGAGUUGAAAGGCCCCUUAGCCAUUGUUGUGUCCGAGGAGACUCCACAGGGCAUUCUCGGUGAAACCCUUAGCAAAUUCAGCAUCUGGGGUCUUUACAUUACCUUUGUUCUAGCCGUAGGCCGUUUCAUCAGACUACAAUGCUCGGAUCUCAGAAUGAGAAUACCUUUUGAGAACCUUCCUUCUUGUGACAGAUUGCUGGCCAUAUGUGAAGAUAUUUAUGCAGCAAGAGCAGAAGGUGAACUUGAAGUUGAAGAGGUCCUAUACUGGACACUUAUUAAAAUUUACCGGUCACCACACAUGCUUUUUGAGUACACCAAGAUGGACUAA